AUGACAAGAAAAUCACAAUCUAGUUCUUCUCAUCCUCAAAAUCUAUUGUUUAUUCAACGUUUAAGCUCAGCACUUUUUUAUGGUAUUUGUUCGGGUUUGAUUACUAUUGUUAAUAAACUUGUUCUUACUUCAUACGGAUUUCCUUCAUUUCAACUACUUGCCAUUGGACAGAUAAUGCCAUUGCCAUUAUUUUUCUUUGGUAAUUUACUUUUUGGUUUAGGUGGUACUCAAGCAGUGAGUUUACCUAUGUUUACUGCAUUACGUCGUUUUUCAAUUUGGAUGACAAUGAUUGGUGAACAAUUUAUACUUCAUGAAAAACAAUCUUUUACAGCACAAUUAAGUGUUUAUUUAAUGGUAAUAGGUGCAUUAAUUGCAUCAGGUGAUGAUUUAACAUUUAAUUUGUUUGGUUAUGUAUUUCUUUCAAUAAAUAAUCUUUGUACAACUGCUCAAGGUGUUGUUAUGAAACAAAAAUUAGUUAAUAAAGAUUUUAAUCAGAAUGGUCUUUUAUUUUAUAAUUCAUUUAUUAUUCUUGGACCUACAAUUCUAUUAGCUUUGUUUACUGAAGAUUUAAAUAAAGUUUGGAAUUAUAAUCAUUAUAAUGAUAUUGGUUUUAUAUUUGCUUUUCUUCUUUCAUCAUUAAUGGGUUUUUUACUAAAUUAUUCUACUAUGUUAUGUACAAAUUAUAAUUCACCAUUAACAACAACAGUUGUUGGUGCUUGUAAAAAUUUAUUUGUAACUUAUCUUGGAAUGUUUAUUGGUGGUGAUUAUAUGUUUUCAUUUGUUAAUUUUAUUGGACUUAAUAUUAGUGCGAUUGGCAGUAUUCUUUAUUCUUGGGUAACAUUUACUCAAAAAGCUUCAUCAAAAACUGCAAAUAUUUCUGAUCGAUCAACUGUGAUAUCAUCAAAAUCAAAAUGUAUGUAUAGUUUGAUUGAAAAAAUUAUUGCAACAAAUAUUUAUCACUCAUAG